AUGUCGUGGCUUGCCGUGGCCCUUUCACGGGGGGAGCGGCGUUCCCGCGGCGGGGGGCCGGCCCCGCCUCCGCCCCGCCCCGGCCCCGGCCCCGCUCCUCCCGCGGCCGCCUCCCCGGCGGGGCGGAGCGGGGCCCUCGGCCGUCCCCGUCCCGCCCCAGCGCAGAGCCGGGCGGGCGGCGGGAUGUGUGGGCGCACCGCCUGCUCCCUGGGGGCCGACAGCCUCCGCCGGGCCUGCGCCUACCGCGACCGGUGGGGCCAGCGGCGGCAGCCCGAGUGGAUCCGGGCGGAGAGGUACCGGCCCUGCUACAACAAGGGCCCGCAGUCCAGCGGCCCGGUGCUGCUCUCCCGCCGGCACCUGCAGCAGGAUGCUGACUCCUCUGAGCGGGUCCUCAUGGACAUGCGCUGGGGCCUGGUUCCCUCCUGGUUCAAAAAGGAUGACCCCUCCAAAAUGCAGUUUAAUACCUCCAACUGCCGCAGUGACACUAUGCUGAAGAAGUCUUCCUACAAGGGUGCUCUCCUCAAGGGUAAGCGCUGCGUGGUCCUGGCAGAUGGCUUCUACGAGUGGCAGCAGCAGGGCGGGGGGAAGCAGCCAUAUUUCAUUUACUUCCCCCAGACCAAGGAAACUGUGGCUGAGGGGAAGGAAGGAGACGAGGAAUGGAGAGGCUGGAGGUUGCUCACUAUGGCUGGGAUUUUUGACUGCUGGGAGCCACCAGCAGGAGGAGAAACACUGUACACUUACACUAUCAUCACCGUGGAUGCCUCCAAGGACGUGAGCUUCAUCCAUCACAGGAUGCCAGCCAUCCUGGAUGGGGAUGAGGCCAUCAGGAAAUGGCUGGAUUUUGCUGAAGUGCCAACCCAAGAAGCAGUUAAACUCAUCCAGCCCACGGAGAACAUCGUUUUCCACCCAGUGUCCACCUUUGUCAACAGCGUCCGCAACAAUGCACCCGAGUGUCUUGCACCCAUCGAGCUGGGUGCUACGAAGGAGGUCAAAACCACCCCAAGCAGUAAAGUGAUGCUGGGCUGGUUAAAAAAUUCCCAGGAGGGCUCUCCUCAGAAGAAAGAAAAUGAUUUGCCCAGGUGGACAAGUCAGUUCAUCCACAGCCCUUCGCCCAAGAAAACAAGUGCAGGUAUCCUGCAGCAGUGGCUGGGGAAAGAGGGAGAGCCAGCUGCGAAGAAGUGCAAGGUUUAGGCACCAUUAGGAUGGCCAGCCAUCCUUUUCCCUUCUCCUUUUCCUAAGCAGAAUGAGGAGCAUUUUUUUGGAAGCCUUUGCAGAUGGCUAUCAAGAUUCUCAGGCAUUGAUUUGAUGCUCUGUGUUGUUCUCUCUGUUCUUUGUGUUUUGUUAAAGCUUGAUGUUUGUCUUUAAAGGUUUUGGCUUUGUCUUGUGCUGAUGGGAGUGGAUAUAACCUGCUGGCCUCCCUCCCCGGCAAUUGCUUGUGGCAAGCACAGAUAAAGCCUUGAGAUGCAUCUCAGCCCAAUGAGGAGGUGUAGCUUCUGCCUUCCGACAGUGUUCACAGUUCACGUCUCCUGUUUUCUUUUCUUUUAUUUUUGGUAUUAAACUGAUGACUCUUUUCCACUUAA